AUGGAGCCUGAGGCUGGCGUUGAGGAGCCACCAUUGAUCCAGGCCACCCCCGAGCUGGAACUGGCAGCAGUCGAGGACGACAGUAGUGAUGAGGACUUGGCAGCUCCAGAUGAUCCACCGCCGAUGCUGCAAGUGGAGGAAGCUCCGCCCAUUCCGCCGUUGCUUCCUCCAGUGAUGCCUCUGCCUUUGAAGAAGGACGUCAAGGUGCCUUCGCUAUCCUUCACGGGAAUCCGGCCCAGCAUGCAAGGUUGUUCUGGUCUUGGUGCACCUCCACCUGAGGAGCCUGGCAUACAACCAGAGGUCCAGUCACCAUUCGUGCCACCUGCCAGUCCAGAGCUGGACGAGGGGCCCGACAGCAGCGACGAAGAGCUCUAUGCCGAGUUGGCCGAAGCUGCGCCUGCGGUGUCCGCGACGUCUGCGUCGCUGCCAGAUGUGGAAACGCCACAGGAGCAGCCUGAGGAAAAAGAAGAAAGAGAUGAGAAACAAGAUGAUCAAGGAGAAGAUCAAAAGGAAGCCCACAACGAACUACUGGAAGUCAAAGAGGAGGACACUUUGGCUCCCAAGGAAGACGAUGAGGAAUUGGACAGCAGUGACGAGGAGUUCGGAAGCGAAGAGGGCCAAGCCGUUGGCAUGUUGCGUUCAUCGCAGUCCCAGCCGAGUUCAGUGCCCAAGCUGUCCUUGACCGGUUUGAGAUCCAGCUUGCAGGGCUCUGCUUUGAUGGGCUUGCCUCCUCCAGAAGAGCCAGGUUCUGAUCAGAUGACACCUUCAGCGUCACCGCUGAGAGCAGAGCCGCCCCCACAGGUCAAUGACCUCUGCUCGGGUGUCAUCCAUCAGAAUGUCUUCUACUUUGAAGGGCGCCAACGUCGUCGCAUCUACCAGGAUCUGGAACUACAUGCCUCAGUACUGACGCUAAUAUUGACUCUGCUACUCACACCGCGGGGUCUCUUGGACCCCAACUACUGUGAUCCCUAUCCAUCUCACAAGCAUCGACGCAACAUCCCCUUCCUGCUGAGCAAGCAUUUGAACCACAGCGCCAACAGGGCGGUGCUACCGUGGGUCUUCCAGCAGGUGGAUCAAAUUGAUCGUAUUGGAGAGCUGCGUUUGCUGAAACUGCUGGUUGAGACGGCCAUGCAUCGAUGGAUGUACACCAGCAUGCGGAUGAUUGGUGCAGGGCAAUUUGGCACUGUGAUGCAGAGCAGUGUGACCGUUGGGUCUGGCCAGUUGCAGGUGGCCAUCAAACACAUCCCGAAGCAGACCAACAUUCAGGAUCGAUGUGUUUUGGUUGACGUCUUCACAGAGAUCAGCUGUUUGGACACGAUCCGCUUCGAGGAAAACCUGUGUCAUAUCUAUGACUUUGGAGUGGAAGAGUCCUGCUAUUGGAUCGUCAUGAAGUACUACUCCACAACUCUCAAGAAGUGGCGAUCGUCACUGGGGAAGAUGACGGAGCAUUUGCCAGUGUUAUUGGCGGUCUUCAAACAGAUUCUGAAGGGCGUGGCAGUACUCCACCAGAAUGACAUCAUUCACUACGAUCUGAAGUGCGACAAUGUGAUGGUUGAGGUGAACAAGAAGCCAGCUCCUUCGGGCUAUUCCUCUGGGUUUGCCAGCGAUGAGAUGUCUCCGCCAGCAGAUGAUGAUGGCAGUGAUGUGCCCCGAGUGGCCCUUGGUGAUUUCGGCGAGUCGCGAAUGAUGGAGAACUCCCAAGAGCUGGACAUGCGGAAUCGAGGCACCGAAAUCAUCAAGGGCCCCGAGAUGCUGGAGCUGGACUUUGUGAGUCGUCGAGACUCCAAAGUCCACGAUCGACGGAAACGGGUUGGGACCAGCAAGGCUGCAGACAUUUGGUCCUUGGGCUGCAUCUUCUUUGAGCUGCUCACGGGGCGUUUCCUCUUCGAGGACUACGACAUUGCCUCGCACUGGGCUUGUGCGACUGGGAAAUCUGGAGAUGUGGUGAACGAGGAGAACGAGAAACGCCUCGAUCACAACGGUCCUCUUUUGGAGUACUUGAGGUUUCUCCUGGUGCGGGAUGCCGACAGAAGACCAACCAUCCAAAUGGCAAUCAAAAAGUUUGAGAGCACAACGAUGGAGGUCUUAGGAAAUGCUUCAGGUGCUCAGGUCACUAGCAGCAGUGCGCUCACUAGGGCAUCAGGCUUCAACACUCCGGAUUCGCCUCGCAGCAUUGCUCCCAGCCUGGGCAGUAACAGCUCAGCAGGGGCCCGGCUACGACAGAGCUUUCCACCGGAUCGGCCAUUGACGUGUGCGGCGGUGGAUGAAGGGGAAAGCUACUUCGCACAGGUUCUUUCCAACCUCUGCAUCUUGGAAGUUUGCGACGAGGAUCUUCUUGGUGGACUUGGUCAAUUCGGCUUGGUUUGGAUAAUGCUUUGGGUUUUGCAAUGUUUCAUCUCCAGGUCCGAAAUCCACGCUGCAUUGUCCACCUUUCCCUGA